AUGCGGGAGAAGAAGCCGCUCUCCCGACCCGAGCGCAACCACCACGACACGGCAUACAAAGCAGCGCCGGCAGCAGCAACACCCAAAACAGUCCACAUAGCCUGGGCCAACUGGCCUGCCGCCGCCCCCUUGACCGGCGUCGUAGUUGCCGCCGUUGAAGAACCGCUCGACGCAUCGCUUCGCGUCGGAGCCGGCGUUAUCUGGUCGGCCUUUGCAGAGUCCGUCUUUGUCGACGUUCCCGUCUGCGUGGCCGCCGUUGGGCUGGACUCAGACCCAGUCUUUGCAGUGCUGGACCGAUUGUCAUCCGUCGUCUUGGUCGCACCGCUCGUGCUGGUGUGCGACGAGGCGUCGGUCGAAGUCGAGUGCAUUUUGUCCUUGAAGCAGGCCAGCGUAGCCUUGGUCUUGACGCAGGUCUCGGUGCCUUUGUAG